AAUUAAAAUUCCUAAAUUUUUUUAAAAUUGUGUCAUCUAUGGGCAUAAGUUUCUCAACAAAUACCUGGGGAAUCAAUAACAUAAAUUUGUAUGGAGCUCAAAAAGUAGGAAACGAACAAAUACAAACAUUAGCGGGACUAUUCGCUCACAUAAAUCUUGAUGAAGGACCUCUUGUGCAAGGAUUGUUUGCUGAAACAAAUGUUGUAGGAAAUGCUGUCAAUGUUACUUAUACCACCAUCUCAAGGGAGGGUGAUAAUCUGCAGGGCAGUUUUCGUUUACAGCUAUUUAAGCAGGAAUUAUGGGAACUGAAUUUAAAUUUCUUUCAUAAUAUUACAAAUAUUUAUAAUUUUUUCAAAUUUUCUCGUUUUGGUGGCAAUAUUUGUUGGAGUUUUCCCCAAGAGGGCAAUAUGCUGGAAUUAGGUGUUUCUCAUAUUCCUUUAUUCCAUACCACCACUUUAGACUUGAUCUGUAAAACGAAUUUAUGGAAAAGUAAAAAUGACUCUUUUAACAUUGAUCUUACUACCAAUAUGACGUUCAAUAUAAGAGGUCCUUUAGUGGGUCAGCAUAAUUUUGUGGCCUCUUUGACGUUAUCUUAUGAUCUGUGGCAUACAGUGCUUAAAGAAAAAGUUUUAACAAAUUAACAUUUUAAAGCAAUUUACAAUGUAAUAAAAUGUUUAAAAUAAAAAUAGAAAGAAACGUUUUAAAAUAUCAUAAAAAUGUAAUGUAACUGUAACGUGUGAUGUUCUAGUGCGAUAUGGUGGCGGCUUGAGUGGUUGUGUUUAUUACCAAAUGAUUAUGACCAAAAAAUUACUUGACACAAAGCUGUGAUUAUCUUUUAGAAAGAAAUUUA